AUGGCCUCAAGAGACCCCUCCAUCAGAAGCUCUAAUGACAGAGAGAAUGCCUCACCGGAAAGAGGCAUUGAUGAGAAAAAUGGCCUUGGUAGUACCUCCCAGGAUGUUGACGAGUUUAUGCACAACCUUGCCGAAAAACUCGGGGAUAGAGACAAUGGAACAGCACCAAUAGAUGACAUUGAGUAUGUCAUGGAUAAAAUUGAGACUCUGAGCGUUGAAGAAUGCAAAGAUAUUAUCAAAGAACUGCUCAAGCACCAUGAAUACGACUACAACUUCUCAACUAGCCAGCGUACGAAGCUCACGGAAUUGCUCGAUGGGCCAUCUGAGCAUCAGAGCCCUGAAGAAUGGGCUCUGGAACUAAAAACCGAGGCGGCAGUCAACAAAUUUUUUUCACCAUAUCCGGAGGUACGCGCCAUCACUACUCCCACGGACGACGUUAAUAUUCCGUGUGAAACUAUUCGCGCUCACUUUCUGGGCUACAUGUGGGCCGUUAUUGCCCAAUUCACCAAUUCUUUGUUCAAUUCACGAUUUCCUGCAAUCUUGCUGGGAUCUUCAGUCGCACAAAUCCUUCUAUAUCCCUGUGGUUUGUUUCUUGCUUUCGUUCUGCCAGACUGGGGCUUCACGAUUCGUGGUCAAAGAAUCUCGCUCAACCCCGGUCCAUGGACAUAUAAAGAACAGAUGCUUGCCACGAUCAUCGUCGAUGUCGGACUCACUUCUGCCUAUUGCUUCUGGAAUAUUCAGACUCAGACUGUAUACUACAAAGACAAUUGGCUUACCCCAGGCUAUGGCAUUCUCCUCCUUCUAUCCACCCAGCUGAUGGGUCUUGGGUUCUCCGGCCUUCUUCGACGCUUUGUGGUCUACCCAGUAGAAGCAAUAUGGCCUAAUAUCCUUCCUACUGUUGCACUAAACAGAGCGCUGCUAGUGCCUGAGAAGACGGAAACAGUACACGGUUGGCGGCUAUCUCGAUACAAGUUCUUCUUUAUCGUCUUCGGAGCUAUGUUUAUUUAUUUCUGGCUGCCAGACUAUCUUUUCCCGGCCCUCAGUUAUUUUGCUUGGAUGACAUGGAUCGCACCAAAUAAUUUCAACUUGAAUGCAAUUACGGGUUCAACGGGUGGCCUUGGUUUCAACCCCAUAUCAACAUUUGAUUGGAAUGUGCUCUCCGCAUAUUCGUAUCCACUUGCGUACCCAUUCUUUGCCUUCUUUCAACAAUUUCUGGGAACGCUUCUUUCUGGACUGAUUAUCGUCGCCUUAUACUACUCUAACACAAACUGGUCGGCUUAUCUCCCUAUUAAUUCCUCUGGCAUAUUUGACAACACUGGCAAUCCGUAUAAUAUUACGAGAGUCGUUAGCCCCGCCAAUGGAAUCCUCAACGAAGAUGCCUAUAAAGAAUAUUCUCCCGCAUUUUACAGUGCUGGAAAUCUUGUCGUCUAUGGAGCAUUCUUUGCCUUCUAUCCUCUCACAAUGGUAUUUAUCGUCCUCGAUACUUGGCGGCCCCUUCUCAAGGCUUAUAAAUCCAUGACAAAUGCUGCUAUCUCAUCGAUCAAGAGGCUCUUGGGCUCUAUUUACGACGGAUUCGAUGACCCCCUUACUAAACUAAUGCGUAAUUAUCCCGAAGUUCCUGACUGGUGGUUCUUGAUCAUUGCACUCAUCGCCUUCAUCUUCGCAAUAAUCAUCGUGACACACUGGCCACAACUUAAUACACCCGUUUGGACAGUUUUCUUUGUGAUUGGUCUCAAUCUGGUGUUUUUGAUUCCAAUGUCCUAUCUCUAUUCAAUUUCAGGAACAACCGAAGGUUUGAAUGUUGUCACGGAGCUGAUUGUUGGUUACGCAUUGCCUGGGCAUCCCGAGGCCUUGAUGUUCGUUAAAGCGUUUGGCUAUAAUAUCAAUGGCCAAGCGGACACUUAUAUUUCGGACCAGAAGAUGGGCUUUUACGCCAAGGUGCCUCCGCGUGCCAUGUACCGUGGCCAAGUGAUGAGCGCUAUCAUUACAGCCCUUGUUGCGUAUGGAGUUGUGCAGUUUGCGGACACCAAGAUCCCGGGUAUUUGCACACCAGAUCAAGUCUCUAACUUUAACUGCGAGAACGGUUCGCAAAUAUACUUCUCAUCGUCUGUUGUUUGGGGCGCAAUUGGUCCAAAGAGAAUCUUCAGCCAGAUCUACCCGGCCAUCAAAUAUACUUUCCUUCUAGGGUUCCUUCUUGCGCUCGUUUGGUGGGGUUUGAAGCGCUUCGGGUCGUACAUCCGAGCGGCGUGUAAAGCUGCAUUACCUGCCGUCAUUUUCCGGCCGAUCAAUGCAGUCAUCUUCACACCUAUAUCGUGGCUCAAACACGUCCACCCCUCCCUUGUCUUCAAUGGAAUGCUUUUGUGGGCACCUCUUAACCUCACGUACUUCACCGGCGGCCUUUACUUUUCUUUUGCGUUUAUGUACUAUCUCAAAAGGUACAAAACCGCAUGGUGGGAGAAAUACAACUACGUCUUGUCAGCGGCACUCACUGGUGGUGUUGCGUUUUCUGGCAUUAUCAUAUUCUUUGCCGUGCAGUACCACCCGAAAGAUAUUAGUUGGUGGGGUAUUAAUGUGCUCGGCGCGACAAUUGACGGCGGCGCUGGCCAGCAGACGCUGCUCACUGAGUUGCCUGCGAAGGGAUACUUUGGUCCUGACACGUGGCACUGA